CGCGCUGCCGCGGGGCCGGCGGGAGGGAGGCGGCGGGAGCGCUGUCCUGUGUUCCAGACGCUCCUUUGGGUGCGUCCCCGCCCGCGUCCUUGACAGGUGCCCCCGCUCCGCGGCUCGGCCCCGGGGAUGGCAGGGGCCCGCGCGCACGGCCCCGGAGCGGCCCCGCGGGGACGACCGCGCGCCACCUGACCCGCCGGCCUCGUCGAGGGCCGUGGGCGCGUCCCCGCGGGCGGGCGGCGGACGUGGGGGAGGGGCGGGAGCGGGGCCGGCGCGGGGAGGCCGCCCUGCGCUCGGCCGCGCGCCGCCAGCGCCCGCCCCGCCUCUCGGCGCCGCCGGGACCAGGUCCGCGAGCGGCGGCGGCGGCGGCGGCGGCGGAGGGACGAUGAGCGGCGCGGCGCGGGCGGGCCCGGCCCGGCUGGCCGCGCUGGCGCUGCUGGCCUGCAGCCUGUGGCCGGCGCGGGCGGACAACGCGAGCCAGGAGUACUACACGGCGCUCAUCAACGUGACGGUGCAGGAGCCGGGCCGCGGCGCCCCGCUCACCUUCCGCAUCGACCGCGGGCGCUACGGGCUCGACUCGCCCAAGGCCGAGGUGCGCGGCCAGGUGCUGGCGCCGCUGCCCCUCCACGGCGUUGCUGAUCAUCUGGGCUGUGAUCCUCAAACCCGGUUCUUGGUCCCUCCUAAUAUCAAACAGUGGAUUGCCUUGCUGCAGAGGGGAAAUUGCACAUUUAAGGAGAAAAUAUCGCGGGCUGCUUUCCACAAUGCAGUUGCUGUAGUCAUCUACAAUAAUAAGUCCAAAGAGGAGCCAGUCACCAUGACUCACCCAGGCACUGGCGAUAUUGUUGCUGUCAUGAUCACAGAACUGCGGGGUAAGGACAUUUUGAGUUACCUGGAGAAGAACAUCUCUGUACAAAUGGCAAUAGCGGUUGGAGCGCGGAUGCCGCCGAAGAGCUUCAGCCGAGGCUCUCUGGUCUUCGUGUCAAUCUCCUUCAUCGUGCUGAUGAUCAUUUCUUCAGCAUGGCUCAUAUUCUACUUCAUCCAGAAGAUCAGAUACACAAAUGCGCGCGACAGGAACCAGCGUCGUCUUGGAGAUGCAGCCAAGAAAGCCAUCAGCAAAUUGACAACCAGAACAGUGAAGAAGGGUGAUAAGGAAACAGACCCAGACUUCGAUCACUGUGCCGUCUGCAUAGAGAGCUACAAGCAGAACGAUGUUGUCCGGGUUCUCCCCUGCAAGCAUGUUUUCCACAAGUCCUGCGUGGAUCCCUGGCUUAGUGAACACUGUACCUGUCCUAUGUGCAAACUGAACAUUUUGAAGGCCCUGGGAAUUGUGCCAAAUUUGCCCUGCACUGAUAACGUAGCGCUCGACAUGGAAAGGCUCACCAGGACCCAGGCGGUGAACCGGAGAUCAGCCCUCGCUGACCUCGCCAACGACAACGCCCUCGGCCUCGAGCCACUUCGCGCGUCGGGGAUCUCACCUCUUCCCCAGGACGGGGAGCUCACGCCGAGGACGGGAGAGAUCAGCAUCGCAGUGACAAAAGAAUGGUUUAUUAUUGCCAGUUUUGGCCUCCUCAGUGCUCUCACACUCUGCUACAUGAUCAUCAGAGCCACAGCUAGCUUGAAUGCUAAUGAGUGGUCACUUCUUUCAGCGCAGCUCUCUGUCCCCUCGGAGCCUGGUGUACGAAAGUGAAUUCUCCACACUCGAGCCUUCCUUGGACAUGUAUGAUGAGAACAAAACCUGAUUUUUUACAAAGGGGCCGUUGGGGGUCACCUCUUCGGUGAUUUGAUUUACGAUCACCUUCCUUGUUUUGUAUUCUUCUGUCAGCGUCUGUUUUGGAAGAAUGGCAGCGCUUUCCAAGCUCAGGUGGGGGCUCAGGGGUAAGUUGCAAAGUUCCCCCCUGGUGAGGCUUUGAGAACAGCCUUGGUUCCCAGGUGACCUGGUGGCAGCCAAACCCCGCCCAAAGCUGGCCACUGACCAUGGCCCCGACAAGCCUGGCUGUUUGCAGAGGAGGCAGCCCAGGGUUCAUGGUGCAUCGUGAACAUGUGUCUGAAGAGCCACGUGCUGUCUGUGCCGGGCGAUGCUGGCAUUUUUAAAUACCUUUGUGCUCCUCACUUAGGAUGCGUACUAACCCCCACAGGCGCGCUUCUUGCCGACGUGGGCACGAGUUGCUGCUGCAUGGCCCACUCUGUAUUUUCCUGUCUCUUAAUCUACUUCCUGUUAAAAGGCCUCUUUCUGAAGGUUCCUGAGAGAAAGCCUCGCCUUUUGUCCCUCCUCUGAGACUGACCACCCAGAGCGUCGCCACGGGCUGCUGGCAGGCUGUGCCGGACAGGCAUCGUCCCCACGGUCACAGAGCGUGACAGAAGGUGUCACACGCUUCUGUGACCACCGAACACUGAAGGCUCUGUCCCUGAGGCCUGUGACUUAUUUGCUUGGCAGCCACUGAGGCACGUGGGGAGGUGGCACCCGGGAGGCCAGCCUGGCAAUCAUCCCAGCGUGACAGCCAGUGGGUGUCAAAUCGGAAGGGUUCUGCGUGCUUUUUUCUAGAAGAUCGGAUCACCCCCUCGCCGGCCGACACCGGACGAGCACCUCGCUUCAGGCUUCACCGGUCCAGCCCAGUGCUCUCCGCCAGCCUCGGGUGGGAUGAGGAAGGCGCGGGAGCUUACAGAAGGCGUGGUGGCCCGCGCAGCGCAGAUCUGGGACACGUGCCCCGACUCACCUGGGAUGACAUCAAGUUAACCUCCCAAGAAACAUGCAUUUUAAGAGUAAUCCCAACACGGAAUCACGAUGAGCAAAUUUACGAAACAAAUCUAGACAUCCUUGUUGCUCAAGGACGCACCCUAGUCCAGCUGUUUCUCCUGGUGACACCGCGGAGUGUCAGAGCCCGCCUGUCUGUUCAUGAGGACGGACCUUCAGUCUCCGGACGCCAAGAGUUGGACCAGCAGCAAACCGCACGCGUCCCCAAGCCGCCCUUCUCACGGACCCGCCGGACAGGAGUGUGAGGGGACCCUCGCCCUUCCCCACGGCCCCGGCUUCUCUUUCACAGCCUCUCUGCUUGCGAUGUGUUGCUAAGAUGCCUCGGACACAGUUAGGCCCGGAGCAAAGCCCGCACAGAACCGGGCGGAGCAGCCUGAGGCUCCCCGUCUCGGCAGGUUUGGGGUUUCAUUGCUCCAGGUUGGAACAGUGCAGAGUUUUAAGGUCUCGGCAGGUUUUUCUUUUUCCCUUUAGCCAAGGGCUUUUGUUCGUUUCCUAGUUAUAGUCACUGCACUGUACAAAUAUUUCUUAUAAAAAACAGCUUCAAGCAGCCCCGUUCAUGGACAGGUUGGCCACCGGCUUGGCGAGAGAACGGGGUCCGGGCGCCUGGGCACCGUCUGGCCUGCCUCAGGGUUUGGUUCGGCUCCUCCCACGGGGAAGGGGCCACUCUCACCAUGGGCACCACACCGGCUUUUCUGAACCAGAACUCAGAUCCCAGCGCAGCAUUUUCUUCCGACCUGCGCGGUCUCACAAAAGCAGUUACUUUCAAUUAAAUUACUUGGGAAGAAAUGUAAAAUUCAGGCCCCUAAAAGUCCAUUUCUUGAUGUC